AUGGAUCCAUUUAAAAUAUUAUUUAAUCUUUCUAGUGGAUAUGCUGAUACUCAAAUUCUUAUGAUAAUUUGUAAGUUGGAUAUUGCCAAUCACAUUGAUCUUGGAACUUCAAAAUCCUACGUUGAUUUGGCCAAGGAAUUAUCAGUUGACCAAGAAGUCUUACUUUAUCUCUUGAAGAAUGCAACUGGAUUGGAGAUUUUCCAUGAGUUGGAGGAGUCUGAUUGGCCACAUGGUUCAAUUUAUAGUGAAGGUGUUUUCAGACAUACUCCACUUUCGAUUGCACUUAGAGAGCAAGAGUAUCGUGAUAUUGUCAUGAUGAAAGGAAGUAUUUACAGUUUUAGAUCUUGGGAAUCAUUGUUGUCAACUUUAAAAAAUGGAAAUAGUGACAACAAAAAAACAUUGGGUUUCAAUAGUAUUUGGGAAUAUUUAAAUAAUAAUUCAGAAGAAAAUGAAAUAUUCAAUAGAUCAAUGACAACAUUCACAAGAAGACUUGGCCCAAUUAUUGUUGAGAAAUCAAAUUUUAAGAACUUUGAAACAAUCACUGAUAUUGGUGGUGGACACGGAUUUUUAUUACAAGAAGUCUUGAGACAGAAUCCUCAUUUGAAAUAUGGUAUCAAUUUUGAUAUUAAGAAUUCUGGUGAUGGAAAUACCAAUGAGGUAACAUCGACCAAUGUUGACAAGAGAUACAAAACUAUGGCUGGUAAUGCAAUCACCGAUGAACUUCCAGAGACUGAUUGUUAUAUGCUCAAGCAUGUUUUUCAUAUGUUUAAAGACGAUGUUGUCAUCAAAAUCCUCAAGAAGAUUGGUGAGAAACUUAAAUCAAAUGGAUGUAUCUUUGUCUAUGAGCUCUACGAUGAAGAACUUAAGAAUCAAAAAUCUGCAAUGUCACAUUUCUACUUACAAGUAAAAAUAUUCUUAUUCUUUAAUUAUCUAAUAUUUGAUUAUUUAUCCCUAUUAGAUGUUAUGUUGGUCACUGGUGGUGUUGAAAGAUCCAACAAGAGAUGGAGAGAGGUCGUAGAGAAAGCAGGUCUUCAAAUUAAAGAGAUCGAACACAUUCCAAAUUCAGUUGAAAUGCCAAUGUGCAAAAUUGUAAUCACAAAAUAG